GGGGAGGGGGAGGGGGAGGGGGGCUCGUCCUCCGUGGGAUCCAUUGCCAUCUGGAAGGCCGAUGGUCAAUUGAGGCGGAAUGGUAAACAAACCUGAUCUCCCUCUUGCAUCGGGGGACUUCUCUAUGGCAACUGGAAUAAAUAUUAUCUUCGUAGCUUCUUUAGUGAGUAUGGCAAUGGGGAUUUUGUUUGAAUCACCGCCACUCUUUUUCGCCCUCACCAUAAGUAUGUUUCUCGGUACUGCUUACUCAGUUGAACACCCCUUGCUAAGAUGGAAGAGACACCCAGUUUUAGCAGCAAGUGCCAUCAUGAUAGUGAGGGCACUUGUUGUUCAGCUUGCUUUCUUUAUACACAUGCAGAAAUAUGUGCUUGGCAGACCAAUAGCAGUGAAAAAACCAUUGGUAUUUGCAACAGCUUUCAUGUGCUUCUUCUCUGUUGUCAUUGCACUGUUCAAGGACAUUCCUGAUGUGGAUGGCGACAAGGAUUUUGGCAUCCAGUCUCUCAGCGUCAAACUAGGGCGAGAAAAUGUUUUCUGGCUUUGUGUUAAAAUGUUGUUAAUGGCAUACACAUCUGCUGUGUUGGUAGGAGCUCUAUCGUCAUCUUUGCCGAGCAGAUUCAUCACGAUAUUUGGCCACGCGAUGCUUGCUUGGUCGCUGAUGUACCGAGUUCCAUCAGUUGACCUCACCAGCAAAGCAUCAAUAACUUCAUUUUACAUCUAUUCUAUGCCGAAUAUUUCCUUAUUCCAUUUGUUCGCUGAGAAGAAUUGAAAACUCAAAGCGCUUUUAACAGAUACUAAUUGGCAGCAUGUCGUGAACUUCUCUCUGUUUUCAGUUGAACAUUUGUUUUUGUAUUCUGCUAUCUAAAUGGAUUUGCAUCACUAAAUGUCUAGGGUUUCUUCUCCGCCCAACAACUUAGCAGCAGCAGCAGCAGCCGCCGCAGCAGAGACACGAAGAUGCCGUCGCACAAGACAUUCAGGAUAAAGAAGAAGCUCGCGAAGAAGAUGAGGCAGAACAGGCCCAUCCCUCACUGG